AUGGGUACUUCAAAAAAUUAUGAUUCCGAUUUUGAAGAAUCUUCUUCUUCUUCUGAUGAUGAUGAUGAUCAUCAUCAUCAAUUAUUAAAUCGUGUUUGAGCACGACUUGUCGGAGGCGAUCCAAUCAAGAAUAGUAAUAAUUAUUUAAAUAAUCAACAAUUACUUGUCGUUGGAACAAAAUCAAAAGCAAGAGUAAUUGAUAGUCUUGAUCUUGAAAAUUUUUUACAUCCAAAAGAAGUUCAUAUUGAUGCAGAAACUGAUGAUCGAAGAUCACCAAGACUUCAACAGACGCCAAAUCGUCGAAGUCCAUUUCGUGAUCCACGUUCCAACGGUAAAAUACCAUUUACAAUACCUGAAUUACCUAGUGGUGAACAAUUAGUUUUAAAUUUAAAAACAACAUGGGGUGAUCGUCAUUAUAUUGGUUUAAAUGGUAUUGAAAUAUUUUCUAGUCAAGGUUAUCCAGUUCCUAUUCGAAAAAUAACAGCAGAUCCAGCUGAUAUAAAUGUUUUACCUGAAUAUGGUAAUGAUCCACGUGUUGUAAAAAAUCUAAUUGAUGGAGUUAAUAAAACUCGUGACGAUGUUCAUAUGUGGCUUGCACCAUUUACAGCUGGUCAAAAUCAUUUAAUUUAUAUUACUUUUGAACAUUCAAUAAAAAUUGCUAUGAUUAGAAUAUGGAAUUACAAUAAAAAUCGUAUUCAUUCAGCACGUGGUGCCAAAGAUAUUGAAAUUACUCUUGAUGGUUUUAUGAUAUUCAAAGGUGAAAUAAGCCAAGCUUGUGGUAAUAUAACAGCUACAAAUGAUCCAUCAGCCUAUGGAGAAACUAUUUUAUUUACAACUGAUGAUGAAAUUCUUGAAAAAAUAUCAACUUAUGAUGAUAUGUAUGUUGAUCAAGAAACUGCUCAAAAUGAUGAAGAAAAUACACGAACAAAUUCAAAUCGACCACCAACUGCUGAAACAAAUAUUCGACCAAUGACACGUGCUAUGUUACGAAGACCAUUUACAGCUAUUCGUGCAUCAAAUGCAAGUGAAGUACCAGAAUUUCGUGGAAAAAAAUUAAUUUUGACUAUAACAGAAACAUGGGGUGAUCAACAUUAUUGUGGUUUAACAGGUAUUGAAGUUGUUGAUAUAAAUGAUGUUGAAUGUGUCGUACAAUCAUAUGAUGCACGUCCACGUGAUAUAACUGUUCUACCAAAAAAUGCUAAUGAUGUUCGAACACUUGAUAAAUUAUUCGAUGGUGAAAAUAUUACUUGUAAUGAUUAUCAUAUGUGGUUAUGUCCAUUUAUUAAAAAAGAAAAAAUACGUCUUACGAUAUCAUUAAAGGGAUCGAAAAGUUUACAUGGUUUACGUAUAUGGAAUUAUAAUAAAUCAUUAGAUGAUACUUAUCGAGGAGUUAAACGACUGCAUGUACAAUUAAAUGAGAAAAUUAUUUCACCAAGACAAGGUUUUCUAUUAAGACGUGCACCUGGCCAUUGUUUUUUUGAUUUUGCACAAGAAAUUGUUUUUGCUCAUGCGAAAACAAUGCAUGAAAAUCCAGAAAAUCAAACACAAAAAAAACAACCAUUGGCUACUAAUCGUGACAUUGACUCAGAUAUAUCAAUGCCAAAUGGAUUUAUUUAUGAAUUUCAACUUCAUUCAACUCAUGGUGAUGCUUAUUAUAUUGGAUUAAAUGGUUUAGAAUUUUAUGAUGAACAUGGUGAACAGAUUGGUUUAACUGAAACAAAUAUUGCUGCUUAUCCCCAUAGUGUAAAUAGCCUUAAUCCGGGUGCAGAUGAUGAUGUUCGUACACCGGAUAAAUUAAUUGAUGGUGAAAAUGAUGAAACUGAUGGUGCACAUUGUUGGAUUGCACCUAUUUUAGCUAAUGUUAUAAAUCGUAUAUUUGUUGUUUUUGAUCGACCAACAUCUGUAUCUAUGAUAAAAAUAUGGAAUUAUGCUAAAACUCCUAAUCGUGGUGUUAGAGAAUUUUCUUUACUUGUUGAUGAUUUACUUGUAUGGACAGGUAUAUUAGAUAAAAUGGAUGAAAAUGAUAAUGAAAAUUAUGAAACACAAGUGCCGUAUAAUACAAUUCUAUUUUCCGAUGAAAGAAUUCUUACUGAACAUGAAAAACAAACUGUUUUGGAGUAA